AUGGCUGAACCAAUUCCAAACAAGAAGGCGGAUCUCAUGGGUGCCCCCACUCCACAGAACACACCUGCCACCGCUGCGCCGAUUUCUUCGCGUGCUCAACAGCCUAAUAUUGCAAGCAUCAAGGAAGAGGAUCUUACUGCUGCAUCUAUCUUUGCGCAGAACCCUAAACUCGUCUCCAUGAUUCAAGGAAAACUUGGUACCCUCAUCGGCCGCUCCUCCGGCUACAUCGAGUCGCUCCCUGCCAAUGUUCGUCGUCGAGUUGCCGGCCUCAAGGGAAUUCAAAAGGAACACGCCAAGCUUGAGGCCCAAUUCCAGGAAGAAGUUUUACAGUUAGAAAAGAAAUAUUUCUCCAAAUUCAAGCCACUUUAUGAGAAACGUUCGACGAUCGUCAACGGCCAAGCUGAACCUACCGAAGCAGAAGUUGAAGCUGGAAAAUCCAGCGAGGAAGAACAAGAUGAGGACAAGAGUGCCGACGACUCUAAGGACGAGUCUGGCGACGUUACCAUUGCCGGGAUUCCUGAAUUCUGGUUAUCUGCUAUGAAGAAUCAGAUCUCUCUUGCCGAGAUGAUUACAGAUAGGGACGAAGAGGCCCUUAAGCACCUUAUCGACAUCCGCAUGGAGUACCUUGACCGCCCAGGAUUCCGUCUCAUCUUUGAAUUUGCUGAAAACGAGUUCUUCUCCAACAAAACUAUCUCUAAGACUUACUACUACCAAGAGGAGAGUGGCUACGGUGGCGACUUCAUCUACAGUCAUGCUGAGGGUGAAAAAAUCAACUGGAAAGAGAGCAAAGAUCUUACUGUCAGGAUAGAAAGCAAAAAACAGCGCAACAAGAAUACGAAGCAAACCCGUAUUGUUAAAGUCACUGCACCCACGGAAUCGUUCUUCAACUUCUUUUCGCCACCUAAACCCCCGCGUGACGAUGACGAAGAAGUUGCCGAUGAUAUUGAGGAGCGCUUGGAACUUGAUUACCAAUUGGGUGAGGAUAUCAAAGAGAAGCUUAUUCCUCGUGCUAUCGACUGGUUUACCGGGGAGGCCAUCCAAUUUGAAGAGUACGAUGACGCUCUCGAAGAGGACGAUUUUGAUGACGAUGAUGACGAUGAGGAUGAUGAUGACGAUGACGAUGACCGAAGAUCGGGUGAUAUUGACGAUGAAUCUGACGAAGAGUUUCGAGUGGUGCAUCCCUUUGAAGACCCAAACAUUCAUCCUUGA